UGCUCAGUCAGGAAGCUGCGAUCUGUUUACCACAUUACGACAGAGCGCAUCCUUUAUCUAUUUUAAUGUUCUUCGGCUUUCCUCUGUUGUCCCCAAAGCAUCGAUAUGGCGUCUUCAAAUCACAAUUAUAUCCAAGACAACGCUACAGAGAAAGACAGGCUGUUGUCCUCUGCUGCCACCUAUGGGUCAGGGGACCUUCACUGUCAAAGGAGCUCCUAUCUAACUGGCCUGGAGGGUAGCAAGCUCGACCAGCAGCAGGAAGAAGAGGAGGCCCUGAGGAGGAAACUCAAGUACUUCUUUAUGAGUCCUUGUGACAAGUAUCACGCUAAAGGCCGCAAGCCUUUCAAACUGGGCUUGCAGCUGCUUAAAAUCAUGAUCGUAACUGUGCAGUUGGUGCUGUUUGGACUGAGUAACCAGAUGGUUGUGACAUUUAAAGAGGAAAUCACAGCAACAUUCAAGCACCUUUUCCUGAAAGGUUAUCAGGACAACUCUCCUCAGGCCGUCCACACGCAGAGCGAGGUGUACAGCCAUAUCCACUACGCUAUAGAGCAGUACUUGGCACUGCCUCAGAUCUCGCUGGGAAAGUAUGCAUACGUGUUAGGCGCUGGGGUGAACAGAAGUGCACUGUCUCUCUGCCAGAGGUACUACAGGAAGGGAACUAUCGACCCCGCCAAUGACACGUUUGACAUCGACCCCUACAUUGUCACUGAAUGUAUUGGCCUGAGUCCACCACUUUCUUUUCCAGUCAACAGUGACUACAAGAACUUCACUCUCAAGUUUUACAAGCUGAUCAAUGUAACAAUUGAUUUCCAGUUGAAGGCUAUCAAUAUACAAACCAUCAUUAACAAUGAAAUCCCCAACUGCUACACCUUUGCUAUCACGAUUGUGAUGGAUAACAGAGCGCACAGCGGCAGAGUUAAGAUCAGCCUCCAGAAUGAGGCCUCCAUACAGGAGUGCAAAGACCCCAACGUAUCUGGGCAUGCUGAGAAUUACGCACGGGAGGUCUUUGACGUGUUGGUGGCAUUGGUCUGCCUGCUUUCUCUGGUGCUCUGUGGGCGUUCCAUUCUCAGAGGCAUCCUUCUGCAACAUGAGUACGUACAAUAUUUCAAACGACGACUUGGCCGAGGUGUGAGCUGGGGAGAAAGAAUGGAGUUCAUUAAUGGCUGGUACAUUCUGCUCAUCAUCAGUGACAUGUUCACGAUCAUUGGCAGCUUCAUCAAAAUAAGUAUAGAGUCUAAGAAUUUGUCAUCUUAUGACAUGUGUGCGAUCCUCCUGGGAACCUCCACUCUGUUGGUGUGGGUGGGAGUCAUCCGCUACCUCAGCUUCUUCCAGAAGUACAACAUCCUGAUUGUGACUCUCAGAGCUGCUUUUCCAAAUGUUAUCCGCUUCUGCUGCUGUGCAGCCGCCAUUUAUAUGGGAUACUGCUUCUGCGGGUGGAUUGUGCUUGGGCCUUAUCACAAGAAGUUUCGUUCCUUGUCUAUGGUGUCUGAGUGCCUGUUUUCGCUGAUCAAUGGAGAUGACAUGUUUGUGACUUUCACUGAGAUGGAGCAAAGCGGCACGCUGGUGUGGAUCUUCAGCCAGGUCUACCUUUACACCUUCAUGUCCCUUUUCAUCUACAUGGUGCUGUCCCUCUUCAUCGCUCUCAUCACUGGAGCCUAUGACACCAUCAUGGCCCAAACACAGGAGCAGGUGCGCACAACAGACCUGCAUGCUUUCAUUGCACGGUGCACGGACACGCCCAGCUCUGGCAAAUUCCGUGGCCCAGAGGGGGCGUCCUGCAACUUCCUCUGCUGCUGUGAGUGGUGAGGAGUAGGAGGAGAGAAGGAGGAGGUGGACGAAGGGUGCAAGUAGUGAGUUUGUGGAACAAGAGGCUGAUGUGUGUGUGUGUGUGUGUGUGUGUGUGUGUGUGUGUGUGUGUGUGUGUGUGUGUGUGUGUGUGUGUGUGUGUGUGUGUGUGUGUGUGUGUGUGUGUGUGUGUGUGUGUGUGUGUGUAUUUAAUAUUAUUUUCUUCUUUAAAGUGCCAUUUUUCAGUUGCAAUUAUGCUUUUAUUUCUACACACAGAAGUGUAAUCAUGGUGAUGAUGAUGAUGAUGCCUUUACUUUGAUCUUACUGACCUUGGACCAUGUUGUCCUCCGCUAUUAGUGUCAGAUUUUAUCAUUUUAAUUUGUUUUGGAAUGCACUGCACACUCACAAACCCAAUUACCUGCUUCAGCUUUUCAACUGUAUGAAUAAUUUAUUGUUGAUAACGUUGAUAACUCGGCAUCGAAUGCUGGCAGAAGCCUUCAUUGGCAUCAUACUGAACAUAAAGUCUGCUAAUGGUCAUCAAGGAAAAUAUGCACCACUUUGCUCUUAAAUUAUGUUCUUGUGCUUAUUUUAUGGUCCAUGUGACAACAUAGGUGACUGGAUUGUUGUAUCUUUUGAUUAUGUGUAAAUAUGUUUACCGUAAGUCCUCUGGAAUUUCUGCUAAGUGUAAAUAUCUUUUUUUUUUUUUUUUGGUCAUUGAAAAGGUCAGAUUUUGUAGCACGUAUUUGGUCAAAAAGCAGAGGUUACAUAACUAUUUGUAUGUAAUUAAAGAAGGCAACAGAUCAAAUUUCAGAGAGAAAGCAAAGUAUUUACUUUUUCAGUACUCAGUCCAUUAAAGAAUAACUGGACUGAAGUGAUCAAACUGUAGGGUACUUUUACUUUAUUUUAAACUGCUAAGUGCUUUUUACUGCAAUUUUUUUUCUUUUUUGCGAUAUAUUUUAGAGCAGAUUUUGCAUCCAGACAUGCUGCAAAAAUGCUGUAAAGUUUGGUGUUUAUGGAUUAGAUUCUACAGGCAGUGCUGUUUGUCAUUCUGUUUCAUUUUCUCGCUCCUUUUUCCUUUGGAUGGUGUGAGAUAAUGGAACCUUGCAGCCAACUGAUUAAUCAUCAAUAUUUAUGAACUGCUUCUGCUGUACAGAACCAGGUGACUGCGCUCGCUAAUGCAUUCGAGUCUUUUAGCCACUUAGCUCUGUGUUAUAUUGAUACAGUAAAACGAGAUUUAAACAAUGGCAGUAAAUGAGUUUAGGAGAUACACAUCGUGGUAGACAACACAACAUACACACAGCGCUAUGUGCUGUGUUUAUGCUUUUCUCUCUUUCUAGAGUAGUUGGUUCAUGUGGUGGCUUAAGUGUUGUGAAAGUGUAGGAACAUGGACCCACAACAGGGGGCGUAAAAGAACGGGCAAUGGAUAAGCCAAACAGUAACAAUUUAAUGUUGUAAAUUGUGCACAACGGAAUACAGACAACAGCAAGUUUUGGAACUACAGUCAAUUACACGUUGGGUGACGUGUGGGCAGGCUUGAGGAUAGGACACGUCCGUCCAGAACCGAGCCGGAUCCCACUACGAGGGGAUGCCCAACCAUCACCUGAUGGUGGCAGAUACAGGAGGACCCCCCCUCCCCCCAAAAAAAACAAACAGAACCCAUAAAAAUUGUCAUAAAUCCUGCAAAUGUAUUGUCCUUGGUUGAUCAAGACAUGUCGUCAUCUUCCCCAAAAUGUCUUGAUCAACCAAGGAAAAGCUAUUUUGCCUGGAGGCCUAUUUUGCCUACAAAUCAUACCAUUUGGAGCAUGAUUUUGAAAGAACAUGACUUUUAUGCAAAGCGACCAACAUAACUGAAACCUUGGGGAAUGAUCGUACACAGACUGAAGUUUAGGUCUAUCAAAUUUCUUAAAAUGUGCUUAAGAUUUGCUGGAUCUUUGUAGGAUUUAUUACAAUUUUUAUGGGUUCUGUGGUUUUUUUCGGGGGGGGGGGGGGUCACCAUGGCUUUUUUUGUGAUCAAGUGAUGGUAUGUGUGCAUGGGGUGGCACCAGCACAUUCUCCCAGACUUGACACUUAUAUUGUUUAAAAUGGAAUAUACAUUUUCUUUUAAAGAAAUGUUUAUGUGCACUUUCUUAAUGAAGCCUGUUGCUGUGAAAGUCCAGUUUCACUUGAUUUAAAUGUCUCACAUCGGAGCCAUUUUGCACAAUUUUUGAACACAUUGUAUGUAUGUAUAAUGCAUCUGUUACAAACUCCUGACACUAAUGUUAAUGUUUUUUUCAGGUUUUACGUAAUGUUAAUGGCAUUACUGGUCACUUUAAACUAAUUUUCAGAAUUUUUUUUUAUUGUAUUUCUAUGUUAUUGAUUUGACCUAAAAACACUCUGUGUACAGAAGGAACUUGUGCAGGUUUUUACUCUGAUUUGUAGUAGAGCUUUUGUGCAAGGAUUCUGCUUUUUAAAAAAAAGUGUACCUCAGCAAAAUAAAAU